AACAGGCAGAGCUCUAUAAGUAUACAAGUGGCAAACAUAAUUCUUGAUCAUACAAGCCAGAGCCUAAAACUUGAAGUUUUCUAACAACAUGGGUAGAAUUGAGGCUGCAGAGGAGGUAGAAACUACUGUUAAAGGCGAACCACUGGCCUCAUAUCCUCAAAAUUAUCAAACAGGACAGCCUUCAUCUGUUGGAAGGCCGUGGAGCACAGGACUGUUCGACUGCCAUCUAGACCAAACAAAUGCUGUCAUGACAGCGUUCUUGCCUUGUGUGACAUUCGGACAGAUAGCAGAGGUCCUGGAUGCUGGAGAAAUGAGUUGCCCCCUGGGAAGCUUCAUUUACAUGCUAAUGAUGCCUGCUCUAUGCUCUCAGUGGAUCAUGGGCUCUAAGUACAGAACAAAGCUAAGGAACAGAUAUGGGCUGGUUGAAGCUCCAUAUCAAGAUGCCGUUUCUCACAUUUUCUGUUCUUGCUGUUCCCUCUGUCAGGAGUUUAGAGAACUCAAGAAUAGAGGACUAGAUCCUGCUCUUGGAUGGAGAGGGAUCAUAGCUCAGCAGCAGGCAGUGGGGUAUGGAAAUGAGCAGAUGAACCAACCUCCCCAAUUCCAAGCUAUGUCCAAGUGAUUCAGGCUGUUUUUUUAAUCUUAUCUUUGUCUAUUAAGGUUGUCAUUUCUUAUUUUUCUGCAGUACAGAUUAAUUCAUGCUUUGUUGUGAUCUAUAUGUAAGGAUGUGUGCAAGAAAUGCUAUGAUUAGAAAUAAACAUUUUGGGUCUUGAAACUCCUAUUAUAUCAUGGGGUUCAACCUUGCAAAACAUGUAAUUGCUUACUCAUGGCUUGUGAACUUUCAACAAA